GUUCCUGCUUCACGCCACGUUCGGCCCGACACGUGGCAGCCUGGCAGAGUUGGGCGGCAAAACCUACCAGGAGUGGAUCCUGGAGCAGAUGCGGCUCCCCGCCGGCUCCCACCGCGAGCACUUCCGCCAGCGCGCCAACCCGCGCUUCGACCCCGCGGUGGAGUACGUCUUCAAGGAGCGGUCCGCCUGCUCCAAGGGAUCGCGCUGGCACAGGUACGCGCUCUCCGUCGCCGACGUCGGGAAGCGGAUCAGCGUGUCCAGCGGGCGAAUCCUCGUCGACGGAGCCCUUCGGUCGGAGAUCGACCCGGAGUUCUCCAAGAAUGGCCUCGACGCGCCCUCGCAGUGCACGGACGUGCCGACCGAGAGGUGGCAGAAGAAGGGGAUCACGUGUGUUCAGAAGGCCAGCCAGAUGUCGAGGUACUGCAAGUACGAUGACGACUGGGUCGCCGGCACGGUGUGCCAGCAGUCCUGCUUCGACGCCGGCUUCCGGUACGAUGGCGACGACUGCUCGGCGGGGUGGGGCGCCUUCGACGGCCUGGCCGGCCUCGCCGUGUGCUCCGUGGAGGAGGCGGUCGGCGGGCUCGUGGCCCUGAGCGCGAGGCCCGAUUGUGCCGAGGCCAGCAGGAGCUUUGUGGAGAACCCCGCGAUCUGGUUCUCGGACACGUCCCAUGCCGAGUGGACCGGCCUGCCCUUCGACUCCAGCGCGACGAAGGCCGGGCUCGUGUUCCUUUCGGAGGACAGCCCAAACUGCAGCCUCAGCGGCAGUGAGUUCAUCCGAGGUCGCCACCUGGGCGCAUUCUACCGCUACGACGCCAGAGUCGAGCUCGCCGACAACACGUGCAAGCUCCAGGGGGAGGAGAGCGCCCCUGGCAGCGACCUCGGCCUCUGCGGCUCGCCUGGCGAGGUCCAGAACCUGCCGACGGAGGGGCACCAGCUGCCCCUCCGCGCGGCCCACACGGACGACGCGCGGGAGGACACGCGGUACGACAACAGGUACGGCUCGGACCGCGCCCGCUGGCCGCCGCUGUCCAGCAGCCUGGGGAAGGGCACGGUGUGGCUCGCCAGGGCGCUGGGCGGGCAGGACCAGCUGCGGCAGCGGAUGGCGUGGGCCCUGUCGCAGAUCUUCGUGGCCGGGUCUUCGGGCACGAGCCACGACGCGUGGAACGAGCUCUUCCUGGCCUAUUACGACAUCUUUGUGCGAGGCGCCUUCGGCAGCUUCCGGAGCCUCCUGCAGGAGGUGACCUUCUCGCCCCUCAUGGGCGAGUACCUGACGUUCGUCGGCAGCAGGUCCUACGACGCCAGCGGCUCCUACCCGGACGAGAACUACGCCCGCGAGAUCAUGCAGCUCUUCACCAUCGGCCUCGUGAAGUUCACGCCAGACGGGCGCGUACAGGUCGACGACGAGGGCGCCGACGUGCCGACGUACGACAACGACAACAUCAUGAGCUUUGCGCGCGUCUUCACGGGCUUCCACGACCUCCACGGCGGCUACCUCGGGGACGGUCUGCCGCAGUGCAGCUCGCUGCCGGAGCGCCCCUUCCUGCUCCAGGGCGCCCGCUUCGAGUGGCGCGGCACCGCCAUGCCGGAUUGCACCUCCUACGACACCCGGCACGAGCCCCAGAACAUGCCUGGCCAGGGCGCCACGAAGGUGGGGUCGGCCGCAGAGUGCCAGCAGAGGUGCGCCUCGGUGUCUGGCUGCGCCCACUUCACGUUCUACGGUAGCGGCAGCUGCCACCUGCAGGACCGCGCCGCGCGCGCGGCCUACCGCGCCUCCGCCACCACUGGCCCGCCCGACUGCGCCGCCCUCGUCUUCGAGCCGGAGCCCGGCUCCGAGCUGCUGCGGGCGCUGUGCGGCGGCGACGCCGCGGAUUGCCGCGCCGCGCCCUCGCGCACGCUGUCGUCCGCGCUCGCCUGCCAUGGCGCCGAGUGCUUACUGGACGGCGCGUUCAUCUUCAAGGUGGCAUGCCCUGCCGGCGUCCACCUUCAAGGGUGCGGCUACUACGAGUUUGUCCCGCCAGCGUGUGUCCACCCGUUCUUCUUCGAGGGGAGGUACACCGCGGACGGGCAGUCCUUCGACGAGCUGGAGUGCGCGCAGCCAUACGGCCGCCUGGCCAGCGCGUCAUGCUGCAACGCGGGGUGCCGAAACAACCCAACGAGCUGGAUGGCACGCAACGGCCGGGGCUGCGCGAACCACAGCGAGACGUGGGUCAGCAGGGGGGGCGUCCCAGUCAUGACCGCGAGCAAGUGCAGGAGCGGCGGCUCCAACUGGGAGGCCCACAAGUUCUGCCAGCUCACCUGCUGGGAGGCGGGGGUCGGCUACCCCGGCGACGACUGCUCGGUGGGCGAGUACGUGGAGCGCGUGGCCUGCGGGGAGGCCUCCGACCUCGGCGGUGCGGAGGCCUUCUGUGCAACCCAGGGUCUGAGCCUGUGCCCGGCGAAGGUGGACGAGGUGUGCGAGCCGAAGGGGGGUCGAGUGUGGACCCCUCAGGCCUGUUCGAUCUCGGUGCAGGUGCACGCCGACGGGGCCAUCAGCGCUCACACGGACGACCACCAGCAGAACCGCUUCCGCGUGAGCUGGAUCGGCCCCGACCGCGCCCCCGCGGGCGAGUACAGCGCAACGGUGGAGGCCGCCGCCGUGUUCGCCACGACGCCGUCCAGAGACGACGUGCUCGCCUUCCUCAAGGUCGCCGUGUUCGCGCCCCCGCCGGGCGCCGCCUGCGCCCAGCCCUGCAGCGGCGACGUCAAGGUCUGGGGGUCGUCCCCCCCAGACGUGGACACCGUCUUCGAGGUCGGCGGGCGCUUCUACAAGAACGAGCAGAGCGUCGUGCGCGUGGGGUCGGCCACCUUCCGCAACCCGCCUGUCUUCGUUGCCCCGGGGCCGCUGAGGGAGGUCGGCUGGCCGCUGGAGCGGGCGGUGAGGGCGGAGAUCGACAGCCUGCUGGACCAUCUGUUUCGCCACCCAAACACUCCCGUGUUCAUCAGCAAGAAGCUGAUUCAGCGCUUCGUCACCUCUAACCCGUCGCCGGCGUACUUGGAGUCGGUGGUGCGCGCCUUCACCACGGGCUACCAUGAUGGCGUGGCGUACUCUGGCCAUUACGGCGACCUCGGCGCAACGAUCGGCGCCAUCUUGCUCCACCCAGAGGCGCGGUCCUCAAACUCGAGCGCGGCUGGCCUGCUCCGUGAGCCGAUGCUGAAGCUGGUGCAUAUCAUGCGGUCCAUGGAGUACGUGGACAUGGCCGACGAGGAGGUUGUCUUCCGGAAUCUGGACGCGAUGAUCGGGCAGUUCCCCUACAGAUCCCCGACCGUCUUCAAUUUCUACGACGCGAUGUACCAGCCGCCCCGCUUCGCUGGCAUGGCGACUGAUCUGGAGCAGGAGCUCGAUUCAACGACCGCGGCCCAGCCAGGGUCGGACCCCGAGCCCGAGCCGGAGCCGGAGCCCGAGCCGCUGGUGGCUCCGGAGUUCCAGAUCUUCACCCCGCCCUUUGCCAUGGGGUUCCUCAACGGCGUGGCCUCCCUGCUGGAACACGGCGUCAGCAAGUGCGACGACGGCCUCGGCAGCGCCGGCAGCGGCAGGGAGUGCCACCAGGGCAGCCUCCACUUCGCCGCCGCCGCGCCCGACGCGGAGGGCGUCGUGCAGGAGCUGGACAUCCUGCUCACCGGCGGGCGCCUGUCGCCGGCCACCAGGGAGCUGGUCCGGGCGGCGUACGAGGAGCACGGCCUGGGGGGGGCGCAACAGGCCGUGGUGCUCACGCCCGAGUUCCAGACCCUCGGGGCGCCGCAGCACAACGGGCAGCGCCCCGUGGACGAGGCGGCGGCUCCGCCUCCCAGCCCAGGCGGCUCGUACCGGGCGGUGGUGAUGCUGUUCCUGCACGGCGGCGCCGACACGUACAACCUGAUCGUCCCCAUCGGGUGCGGCCUCUACGAGGAGUACGCGGCCGCGCGCACGAGCAUGGCCAUCGCGCAGGGCAGCCUCUUGCCCGUGACCGCCUCGAGCGCGCAGCCGUGCGGUCAGUUCGGCAUCCACCCAUCGCUGCCGUUCCUGCGGGAGCUGUACGAGGAGAAGAGGCAGGCGGCCUUCGUCAGCAGCGUCGGGGCCCUCGUGGAGCCCGUGACGAGGGACACUUUCAGGGGUGGCGGUGCCAAGACCUGCCUGGGCCUCUUCUCCCACUCGCACCUGCAGUCUGCGGCACACACGCUCAAGUGUCAGGUCCCUGGCGCGGCGCCGAGGGGCGCGGGGGGGAGGAUGGCGGACGCGCUCGCCGCCUCGCACGGCAAGGCGGUCGCGUCCUUCUCGAUCUCGGGCACGUCCACCUGGUCUGGAGGCUACAACACCAGCACCGACAUCAUCGAUAAGGCCGGCGGCGCCAUCCGCUUCAACAGGUACAAGGUCUGGAGCGCCACGGUCAGCGGCAUCGCCAGGCAGAAGUACGGCAGUGUGUAUUGCGAGGAGUACACGCGAGCGUUCGCGGACCACGUCCGCAGCAGCGAGGCGCUGGGUGCCAUCCUCGACGACGUGACGCUCGAGACGGCGGCCACCUACGCGACGGGCACGGGCCUCGCCAAGCAGCUGCACCAGGUGGCCCGCUUGAUCAAGGGGCGGAGCCUCCGGCUCGCGGAGCGGGACUUGUUCUUCGUGCAGCUCGGAGGCUUCGACACGCACUCUGGCCAGACUGACAGGCUCUCGGAGAGCUUCGCGGAGAUCGACGGGGCGCUCAGGGACUUCGUCGGGGAGCUCACCCAGCAGGGUGUCUUCGACGACGUGGUCAUCGUGACGCACUCGGACUUUGGUCGCACGCUGACGUCCAACGGCGCCGGGACGGACCACGGCUGGGGUGGAAAUCAUAUCGUCAUCGGCGGCGGUAUCCACGGGGGCCAGAUUUUUAACAAAUUCUUGCAAACGUACAUGCCAGAGUCUGAGUACGAUGCCGGCCGCGGCCGCGUGAUCCCCCAGCAUCCUUGGGAGAGCGUCAUGGUGCCGAUCGCAGAGUGGAUGGGCGUGGAGGAGCUCGAAGCGGUCUUCCCCAACCUGCCCAACUUCAAUCGCUCCACUCACAUCAUAAGCCGCGAGUCACUGUUCAAGGCCUGA